AUGCUAAAACGAUUUAAAAAAUAUAAUAAUCCAAUGGAUGAAAUAGAACUAACAGUGCUUAGUGAUCGUUGUAAUAGAAUCUCGCGUGAUGCCUACAACAAUUAUAACGAAAACCUGGAAAAGCAAAUUCAGAGGAAUCCGAAAGCAUUUUGGCCGUUCCUAAAGAGUAAACGCAAUAAUUCUAACUCGUAUCCAGCUGCUAUGAAUAACGGAGUUAAAACUUCUACUAGUGGAGUUGAAAUAUGCAAUAUGUUCUCUAGUUAUUUUGCUUCGGUAUAUGAUGACUCAAAUAGUUCCUGUGAUUUAGAUCCGUCAUCUCAUUUACGAAAAAUCCUCUAUUUAGGCUUUAGUGAAAAUCUAGCAGGAGAAGAAGAAGUCUUUGAAGAAACGACUGAGGAGGAAAAAGUUGACACCAGUACUGAGGAAGAUUCUGAGAAAGAGCAACGCAAGUAUAAGCCGUACUUUUAUCUGACUACAACAGGAGGUACCCUGAGGACUCUGUCCUCGUUGAUUUUGUUGUCUUUGUCGAAUCAAAUGAUGAAAGAAGGUCAAUCGGGACAUGAUGUCUCAGUCCACACAUAUGAAGAGGUUCAAUAA